AUGAAGCAAGACAACUCUUUGGAGGUGAACAGUGAGUCUCCUCUCUUUGAAGAGGUGUCCCCCAAUCAGAAAGAUACAGAUGAAACAUGUCCUGUGUUCACCAAACUGAGCUUUCACAGUGCAGUGGUUGGUACGGGACUGAACGUGAAGCUGAUGCUCUACACAAGGAAAAACCCAAUCUGCGCACAAGCCAUCAACACCACAGUUUUUGGGAACUUGAAUGUGACCAAGAAAACCACCUUCAUUAUACAUGGAUUCAGGCCAACAGGCUCUCCUCCAGUUUGGAUGGGGGACUUAGUAGAAGGUUUGCUCUUUGUAGAAGACAUGAAUGUGGUUGUUGUAGAUUGGAAUAGAGGAGCUACGACUGUAAUAUACACCCACGCCUCUAGCAAAACCAGAAAUGUAGCAAAAGUCUUGAAGGAAUUUAUUGACCAGAUGUUGGUAGAAGGAGGAUCUCUUGAUGACAUUUACAUGAUUGGAGUAAGUCUAGGAGCCCACAUAUCUGGGUUUGUUGGAGAAAUGUUCAAUGGGAAGCUAGGGAGGAUUACAGGUCUCGACCCUGCGGGCCCUUUAUUCAACGGGAGACCUCCCCAGGACAGAUUAGAUCCCAGUGACGCGCAGUUUGUUGACGUCAUCCAUUCCGACACCGACGCACUGGGCUAUAAGGAGCCAUUAGGAAACAUAGACUUCUACCCAAAUGGAGGAUUGGAUCAGCCUGGUUGCCCCAAAACAAUAUUUGGAGGAAUGCAGUAUUUUAAAUGUGACCACCAGAGAUCUGUGUACCUGUACCUUUCUUCCCUGAGAGAGAACUGUACCAUCAUCACAUACCCCUGUGAUUCCUACCAGGAUUAUAGGAAUGGCAAGUGUGUCAGCUGUGGCACACCACAAAAGCGGCCCUGUCCCCUUGUGGGCUAUUAUGCUGAUAAUUGGAGACACUAUUCAAGAGACAAAGACCCUCCUACAACUAAAGCAUUCUUUGACACAGCUGAGGAGAAACCAUACUGCAUUUAUCAUUAUUUUGUGGAUAUUAUAACUUGGAACAAGAAUGCUAGAAGGGGAUCUAUUACAAUUAAAUUGAGAGACAAAGCUGGACAUACUACAGAAUCCAAAAUUGAUCAUCAACCUGCAACAUUUCAGAAAUAUCACCAAGUGAGUCUGCUUGCAAGAUUUAAUCAAGAUCUGGAUAAAGUGGCAGCCAUUUCCUUAGUGUUCUCCACAGGAACUACAGUAGGCCCAAAGUACAAGCUCAGGAUUCUCCGAAUGAAGUUACGGUCACUUGUCCAUCCAGAGAGGCCCCAGUUGUGCCGGUAUGACCUUGUAUUGAUGGAAAAUGUAGAAACAGUCUUCCAGCCUAUUCUUUGCCCAAAGUUGCAAAUGUAACCUACAUUGUGGAAACACAUGGCACCUGUAACAUCAAGAAAGCUACAAUGACAGGCUUUUUUAAA